AUGAUUCCCUCCCUGGAUCCCGAGCCGACCCCCUCGUCUAUGCCUUCUGUUGACAUCGGAGAAGGCUAUGCUCUCUUGCACAAGCGGUCCAAAUGCGAGUGGAUCCCUGUUGGUGUCCCAAAGGCCGUGCUGGACAACUGGUUGGGGUGCGACUGCGGCAGUAUCUGGAUGUGGGGGUGCGACAACAUUUGGAUCUCUCGCAAUGUCAAGAUCGCAGAGGAGGGUCGUACAUAUAUUGGAAAAGUCCAGUAUUUUGCCCAGCUCGACGUGCAGGAUGAGGUGACGGGAGAAUUGAGAUGGGAAGGGGUUGCAGUGGUCGAGCUCUACUCGGAGCCAGACCCUGACCUCCUUACUCUGUCCUCUCAUUUGUUCGCAAUGUGCAAGCAUAUGGGUCCUGAAUAUACUCAUGUCAUUAGCAUCAAGCAAAUUACCGACAUUGUCGGGAUGGUCCCACAUCGACCGACUUUGCUCUCGGGAGUGGAAGAGGAUCACUUUUUUAUGGCCGAAAAACCCGGGCUGGACGUGGCUACAUUUCUCGGACAUGAAGAUGAGGAUGAGCAGGACGAGGACGGCAUGGACUUUCCUCCAAAUGCUGUAUAG